UUUUGUCGUAUAGUAUAGUAUAUGAUGAUUUUUUAUUAUUUCCAUUACAGAAUAUAUUGUAGUUAUUUUAAAUAGCCUAUAUAAGUCAUUAAUUCUGACUAAGGAAGAAAGAAAGAAACUUUUGUUGUGUCCGUUGCCAUGGUUACGAUUGGAGAAGCCGCUCCAGCUGAAGUACAGGGCUAGCUUGGCUUGGUUAACGAUGCUAGCGGUUGUCCGGUACUAUUUUUGACAGUAUUUAGAAGAAACGAACCGUGUCGAGUGACCGAAGAAACGGUUACGGCGCUAUUCAGGACCACCAAAAACCAGUGCUCAUGGACUGUAUGAGUAAGACUUCACCAGCUGACUCCCACUUUCUGGACUACACAGGUCCAGAGGGGUUUCGAUUUGAUGACCAAGGGAUGAUUCUUCCACACAGCAUCUUAGGUAGCCCAGAAGAUUUCAAAAGGUAUCUGGAAGCCAAAGGGGAGACAGAGUUGGUACAGAGAAUCCAGACGGCAUCGAGGGAUCCCCCAUGUGAGGCUACGGGAAGACAUCACCAUGAAGCUGUGGAGAAGGAUGGUUCAGGCCGCAGCAGCAUCCAGAGUCAUGCCCUUCAGCACUGGGAUAAACAUAUGAGACAUCGUAAACAACAACAGAACUUCUUAUCUGGGACUCUCAAAAGGCCAGUCGAAAACUUGCUGAUGAACCAAUCUAACCAUUUCAGAGAAACUCAGGAGCAGAGGGAGUUUCUAAACCAAGUCAUGCCACUCGUUAACUCUGGAUACGGUUAUCGCGUGGGCAGUGAGUUUUGGAGUCUCCCGCAGCGUUAUGGAGAUGAAAUGAGUGGUAUAACAGCCACUCUGAGUCAGACUGAGCAGGGCAGACGGGGACCUGUAACACAUGUAGGACAACCGAAUAGCAUACGCCAAGAAUCCGGAAUCACUUGUGCUGAGACUCUGCGCCCAGCUUCUCGGAUUUGGAACCAGAGCGCUUAUCUACAGCAACAGUUGCAGAUGCUUGGAGAGGUUUUACAAGACAUGGACACAAAAAAGCCAGACAUCAGUGGGCUGGAGGUGAUUGGCUCGGGGAAGGCGUUCACGUUUGUCACAAUGUGUCGUAGUCCCUCGUUAGAGAUAGAAGAAGAGGAAAAGGAGCGCAAGGAGAUGAAAAUGGAAAACAUUGUGCCCUGCAGUGACCCACUGGGACAGUAUGAGGAUGCUCAGUCAGAUGUUCUGCACGUUCCUGCUUUGAGGUUCUGCGGUCAGCUUGCUAGAUGGACUGGAAACUCCAACACUAACGAGGGAGAAGUAGGAAUUAGUGCCACAAUAGUCUUUGAGGCCCCGACUGGAGGAAUAGCCUCUUCCCACCUGGAGCUGGGCAAUGAGGGCAGUACAGCCAUCUUCUACAGCUGGCAGCAGCUUCCCGUGCCACACAGCUUCCCCAGCCUGCGUUCACAAACAAAGACUCCACACUUCUACUUCAGUUCUUCCUCUGGCGUCAUCCGUCCAGGCGACACCCAGCGGGUGGAGUUUAUAUUUAAGUCAGAGGAGCCAGGUAUAACAACUGAACACUGGCAGCUGAACACCCAUCCUGUUAUGUUGCAAGGAGCGUUAAUGCAGGUCAGACUGAGAGGACUGGCUCUGUACCAGGACAAAACUGCAGACCAGAGGGAUUUCAUAGAGACAAAGCUAGAAAAGAAAGUGUUGGUUAAAGAGUGUCGAUCGAUGGUGUAUGAGUUGCUCUGGGGGUUGCACACCCCAGAAAGACCCAGCUCUCCUGCAGAUCUCUACGUGACUGCAGACCAACAGUUUCUGAGCGAAAACCCCAAGUUGCAGUACAUUGAUCAGUCGGUGGAGGACUUAAAGAGGCUGUGGCAGGAAGCGAAUCAUGAACACACCUGGGACCUCUCUGUUGAUACACUCAGACAGGCUGUGCUGUCUCUGCCUGAUGAAGACUCAGCUCAGGACUCCCUCGGCAGAGAAGGGGGCCUGACUCAACUCAACGCUGUGUUUCUACAACUCUGUGAACCUUCUGAAGUGAAACAUCACCCCUUAACCGCUGCUACCAUAGGGCAGCAGCUGUGGAGGAAACUGCUGGACUCGAUGGCCGCUGAGGCCGUGUUCCUCAGAAACCUGCUUGGCCUCCCAGAGAGAGCAAUGUGGAUCGAGCAAAAAGACGAACCGACAGUCUGCGACGCUGAUUUGGCUGAUGAUAUAAAGACAGAUGAGAAGAGUGAGAAAAAGGCAGGCACGGCUGCCAAAGUGGAGAGGAGUGGUUCGAGAUCAAGAGUAAAAGACGACAACAAAGAGGAGUCCAAGUCACCAGCAAAUGAAAAAUCAGUAGAGGAGACCAAAAAAAGGGGGAAAAGAAGGGAUGAAGUACUGAAGCAAUCAAAGGAAAAACAAGGAAAGGAGUCUCUCUCAGUGAUUGAUAACCAUCCAGAGAUCAUCAGCCAACAGUCUAUGGAUGACCCAAAUCUAGAGCUAGAGAUAAUUUGUGGAAGGCUCCUGCACAGAAAGGUUUAUGCUCUGAUGGAGGACCUAGUGGAUGACCUCUGUCACCUGAUGGACGAGCUUAAUGAACGUGAUUCCAAGUAUUAACUCUGGAGGCUAUGGAAUAUAUAGCCUAAUAAAACUUUCUCAUGAAGACCUUA